ACAGACGUGACAUUAUUAGUUUUUCGCGGAAGGGGACAACAGACAUCUAACGAACAGGCAAAACGAUGGACAAUAACCAAGGCAAUUACUUCACCAUUGCAUACAUUCUUUUCACUGUUGCUGUCAUCCUGCAAGUGAUUUAUUACAGCUUCGUGGUCUAUUCGUAUCAGAACAUCAAAAGGAAACUCGUGGAGAAAGGGCGAUUGCUACAAGUUACCCCGAUAAUAGGCAUUGCGACUGUAUGUGUCCCACCAACUCAAGGAAUGUCGUACAUUCAACCAAGUUGUCCAGUACAACCCCAAGCGACAUAUUACCCAGGCGCUACAAAGGUAGUCAAUGGCAAAGAAGCUCCACCACCAUAUAUACCUUAAGCGCUUUUGGUAUUUGAUACAUAUUCAAGAAAAUCUUUUUACAUAUUAAUUAUAUAUUGUCCCAAAUGGGAAUAGAUCUGAAAUUUUAUAUAUUUUACUUAAUUGUUUACCAACAUGGCGUUUAUUUCCAAUAAAUAUACAAAACUGCAGU